AUGUCAGCCCAACGUCAACUCUGGCCAGAUGGCCCAGCCGCCCCCGUGACAACACCAUUUCUACCAGGGGGGCAUGAUAUUGACCACGACAGCCUUGCCGCCAAUGUCAAGCGAAAUGCGGCGGCGGGACUUCACAUAGUGAUUCUUGGAACUACCGGAGAAGCAUCGCAUUUACGCCAAGAUGAGCGAAAGGCUGCUGUAGCUACCGCACGAAGGGCCUUAGACCAGGCUGGUUUUGGCAACGCUCCUCUUCUCGCAGGGACAGGUGGCUACUUUUCCUAUGCUAUGAAAGACGACAGGACCGCCAUUCGAAUGUUUUUUGAGCAGGUCAUGGAUGCUUCGCCGCUUCCCGUGAUGGUCUACAAUUUUCCAGGCGCAGCUGCUGGUAUCGAUUUGAACUCAGACGAUAUCAGUUUCCUCGCCAACCACCCCAACUGCUUCGGUGUGAAACUUACUUGUGCCUCCAUCGGGAAGGGUAAAUCCCAACAGUACACGUCCCCUGAAUAUCUUGCGAAGAAGGGCUCUUCUCUGCGGGAAUCCACUGUUUCAGGCCAGUUUUUAACCCUUACCGGCCUCUCUGACUACCUACUCCCUGCCCUUGCAGUUGGCCAUGCCGGAUGCAUCGCCAGCUCCGGCGGACUUUUCCCUAAAACUCUGCGCCGAUUAUAUGAUACUUCAGUCGCGGGUCUAAAUGGCGACGAUCAGGCGUUGGAUGAAGCAAAGAAACUACAGAUUCGGGUUGCCAGGUCUGACGCGAUUGUCUGUGGAAGUGGCAUCCAGGGCACGAAAUUCCUUCUUGAUCAUUUUGUAGCUCCCCGGUUAGGUGGAGACUGGCGUCUUCCACUGGGAUCAUUAAAGGAGGAGACGAAGCAGGCUUUGAUUGAGGGGUUGACAGAUGACUGGAAAUAUGAACAGUCUUUGUAA